CCAUGCACUUUUUAUUUACACAUCAUAUGGUGUGUCAUUCAUUUGAUAUGAGCCAGAGUCUUCACUUUCUUCAAAUGUUUUCUGGGUUUUUGCUAAAAUGGAGCGUUGUCGGUGUCAUCAUCAACAUCAGCUGUUGGCAAUUGGAUGUUUUAAUGCAAUCGAGCGUCACCUGAAGCUGAACAAACAAGGCGCACCUGGCUAGCAACAAGGGGUGCAAAUGCAUGUUCCCUGUAGGUUUCCGUGGUAACAGUCAUUGCACAGAGGAAAUACAUAGAAGUAACUUGAUAUAAGACAACAGGAAGACAGGCAGUGUCUCUUGUACUGUAAAUAUUUUUUUUAAAAAAAGGACCGCAGCCUUGUGUGCCUCGCCAGCUAUUCACCCGAGUCAACAUUGCGGUGUGUUUUUGAGAUUAAUGGCUUCCCUUGACAGCCACAUCCAACUGUCAGGUGCUCGCAGGCCAGAUGAAGUCAUGCGGCGAUGCACGCUUGUGUAAUUGACAAGCAGAGGCAAUACACAACACACCUGAGGCCCAUUCACUCCAGUGCAAAGUAACAACGCAGCAUCUUGAAGAAGUGCAUGAGCACAGCUGUCUUACUUCUUCACAUUUGGGGAUGCCAGAACCUGAGCUCAUACAGUAUAGAGAAGAAGAGCCCUGCCAUGCCCGGUUCUCCUGUGGAUGCUAAGACUCAUUCCAGAUCAGCUCCCAGCAGCAGCAUCUCCGCCAUGCCUCCCCUGCCCUCCAUCAACCCCAGUGGCCCACGCCUGGCCUCCUUCUCCACCACAGCAUUGACCAACGGGAACCAUCAUUCCCCACCCACCCUCAACGCAGUGCCGUCACCACCGCAGCGCUACAGCAACGGGCCCUCGUCUUCGUCGUCAUCAUCACUGGCCAACCAGCAGCUGCCGGCCACCUGCGGCGCGCGUCAGCUGAGCAAGCUCAAGCGUUUCCUGACCACACUGCAGCAGUUCGGCAACGACAUCUCCCCGGAGAUCGGAGACAGCGUCAGGAGCUUAGUGCUGGCUCUUGUGAAUUCAACAGUGACCAUCGAGGAGUUUCACUCACGGCUUCAGGAGGCAACCAACUUCCCCUUAAGGCCGUUUGUUAUUCCCUUUCUUAAGGCGAACCUCCCCCUGCUGCAGAGAGAGCUGCUCCACUGUGCACGUGCAGCCAAGCAGACCCCCGCCCAGUACCUGUCCCAGCAUGAGCACCUCCUGCUCAGCACCACCAUGGCCUCGUCGCCCGACUCCUCUGAACUGCUGAUGGAACCCACCGAAGCCGUGACCAAGAGGCCCAGCCCGAGCAGGGUCAAAGAGAACGGCUUCCACGAGCGCCCGCCUGUGGCUUUGGAGCCCGCCGCCAAGCGCAUUUGCACCAUCAGCCCCGCUCCCCGCCACAGCCCCGCCCACCCGUUGCCACUCAACGCACAGCUGCACCCGACCCCGCCACCUCUGCAACACUACGCCCUGGAUGACAUCGCGGCGCCGCAUAUCCUACACCGCGAGCAUAGCCAACGGAUGCUGGAAAUCAGAGAACUCAAAGACAGACCGCGGCUGCCUGGCACUAACGGGGGCUACCGCGAAGAACCGGUGGACCAUAGGCUGACAGAUAGGGAGUGGGCUGAUGAAUGGAGGCAUCUGGACCACGUUUUGAACUCCAUCGUGGACAUGGUGGAAAAGACACGGAGGUCGGUGAGCGUCCUGCGGCGGUGCCAGGAGUCAGACCGCGAGGAGCUCAAUUACUGGAGGAGGCGGUCCAGUGAGCAGGAGGACGCUCGCAAAGGAGGCUCUGCACCCUUCUCCAAAACUCACAGCCCCCACUCUGCAGAGUCAGAGUCCCAGCGUGACUUUGCCCCACGACCCGGCUCAGCGUAUGUCACAGACGAGAUCUGGAGAAAAGCCGAGGAGGCAGUGAACGAGGUGAAGCGUCAAGCCAUGGAUGAGGUACAGAAGGCAGUGGCCGAAGCCGAGCAGAAGGCCUUCGAGAUGAUCGCCGUGGAGAGGGCCAAGAUGGAGAAGACACUAGCCGAAGCCAAGAGGAAGGCUCAAGAAGAUGCCAUCAUGGUCAUCAAUGAGCAAGAGGAUUCCAGCGAGUGUUGUUGGAAUUGUGGCCGCAAAGCCAGCGAAACAUGCAGCGGCUGCAACGCGGCGCGCUACUGCGGCUCCUUCUGCCAGCACAAAGACUGGGAGAGGCACCACCUCAUCUGCAGUCCGGGACUUCAGGCUCAACCCAAACCCGUUUCCGCCAUCUCUGCCGCCAGGGUGGCCGCCGGGGUGUCCCCUGCGGGCUUGGCCGGCAUCAAAGCCCCCGACAGCGUCCCCUCGGUGUCCAGUCCUGGCGGAGAAAAGGCGGCAUCUCGCUCGUCCACCCCUUCCACCCCGGCCUCGGCACCUGAGACCAACGGACAUUGAGGAGUUUGCCCUCUUGCAGAACUAUUUGUGGGUCACGUCAGGACGGAACGGACCAACAUCUGACGACCCAUCUCAGAUUAUAGAGAUUAAAAAGAUGUACAAAGACGCCUUCCUAUGAAGCAGCUUUUCUUUCCAUUUCUGUUUGUGUAUAAAUGUAGAUGAAAAGGAGGACGUCAUGUUUUAUUUUGUAGAUUUAAUUACAAAACACGUUUCGCCAAAUUCCAGUCAGGUUGUGUGUGUGAAGAUGUCAAACAACGUCUCCAAAUGUUUUUUUCGCAAGGCAAUAUCAACACAAAGCAUUCAGGUAUUACGUCACCAAAGUACGAGUAUUUCCACAAGAUGUUUCCACCAAAUGGUACGGUUCGGUUUGGAACGCUACACCCUCAUCUGACUGUGAUCUUUUCUUUUAUUUAUAAAGACCAACCAGUGCAGAAAGGCACCACUCUUUUUUGGUACUGUGCUCCGGCAGAAAGUGCCAAAAAGUGUACUACCACUCUUUUGGUACCCUUGUUGUAGAAUGUACUACCAAUCAGUUAUAGUAUACAUUGGAUCUAUCGCAGUUGGGAAAUAAACUAGUUUACUUUUUGUAAUCUUUCAUUUUAUUUAUGAAGACCAAACAGUGCAGAAAAGCACCACUCUUUUUGGUACUGUGCUCCGGCAGAAAGUGCCAAAAAAAUAUACUAUAACUGUACUACCAAUCAGUUAUAGUAUAAAUUGGAUCUAUCGCAGUUGGGAAAUAGACUAGUUUACUUUUUGUAAUCUUUCAUUUUAUUUAUGAAGACCAAACAGUGCAGAAAAGCACCACUCUUUUUGGUACUGUGCUCUGGCAGAAAGUGCCAAAAAGUAGAAAUUGACUAUUUUAUGUCAGACCAAACAAACUAAAGCGUUGCCCUUUAGCUACCAUGUACAAUGCCUGGUGGGAUACAUUCAGGUGGUCUCAGUCCUCAUUUUGCACCACGUUGAAUCGAACUCUACCACUUUGGUGGAAACAGGGCUUAUGAAAAAUAAUGGCAAAUGGUUGUUUUUCUUUCAUUUUUGGUUUAUUUUAGCACUUGAUCACCAUGGUAGCAAAUGGAUGUCAAAAGGCGGCGAGGAACCUCAGGAGAGGUUUUUUUUUCUUUGCAGCUUGAGUGAGCUUUUACUAUGAGCUACACACACACACACACACACACACUUGUUGUCUUCUGUUGUAAGAAAGUCUAUUUACUUUUGCCCUGUUUGUCAUUUCAACACAUUUUUGGUACGAGUCACAUGACAAGUUUUCAUGACGUACAAAAUAAAACUAAUAGAGUUACUGGAAGCAA